AUGGCGAAUCCAUUUAAGAUUCCAAAAAAUGAUGUUGAAAUGAAUAAUAAUAAUAAUAAUAAUAAUAUUAAUAGUUCAAAGAAUAUACAUAAUAAUAUACAUAACAAUAAUAUACCUAAUAAUAAUUAUUAUAUAAAUAAUAAUAGUCAUAUAGGUAAUUUUAAUAAGAAGCCCAAUAAUAGUAGUAGUAGUAAUAAGAACAUAUUAAGAAGUAGCAAAAUAAAUAAAAAGUUAUUAUAUAAUACAUAUCCUAAGAAUAUUAACAUAUUAAAUAAUAAUAGUAAUAGUAGCAGCAGUAGCAGUAGUAGCAGUAGUAGUAGUAGUAAUAGUAGUAGUAGUAGUAUUAGUAUUAGUUUACAUAUGAACACAUUAUCAAAUAAUAAUAAGAUAAUAAAAAAAAAAGAAUUUAAUAACGAGUUUUUAAAUAAUAAGAAGAGUCCAAGUGAAGAAGAUAAGAAUUUUAACCUUGUAUAUAUAAAUAAUAAUAUAUUGUUUAAUGAAAAAAAUAAUAAUAUUAAUACAUAUACAAGAACAUUAAGUUUUAAAAGUUGUAAUAAUGAGCACAUCCAAGAAUAUAAGAACGAUAAAUAUUAUGCGAGUCAUAUUAAGCAUUUAGAAAAUCUUGAAAUCGAUCAUUUUGUUGGGGAUCAUAAUUCCAGCUUGUUCCUUUCAAAUAAAGAAAUCAAGUCUGGUUUAAAAGCAAAUAUGAGAAAUAAUAAUAAUAUAGAAAAUAAUAAUAUAAAUAAAAAUAAUAGUACUACUAAUAAUUUUAUAAGUAAUAAUAUAGGAAAAUAUCUAGCUUGUGGUUUGAAUGAUCAGAAGAUAAUUAAUAUUAGCAGCAAUAAUAAUAAUACAAAUAAUAUUAAUACAAAUAAUAUUAAUACAAAUAAUAUUAAUACAAAUAAUAUUAAUAGAAAAAAUUUAUUCUUGUCACAUAAAAUAAACACAUUUAAUAACUCUCAAGGGGUAUAUUGUAUAAAGAAUCUUGUGGGGGAAAAAAUUAUAAAUAAUAACAACAUCAACAAUAAUAAUAAUAAUAAUAAUAAUAGUUGUAAUAAUAAUAAUAGUUGUAGUAAUAUACCUGUAAACGAUAAUAAUAAUAAAAAUAAUAAAAAUAUCAUAUUAGAUAAUUUUAUGGAAAUAAGAAAUAAGAUAUAUAAUAUUAAGAGAGAAAAAAGUGACUACGAAAAAGAAGAAAAAUAUCAUCUUCAUUUAAAAGAUUUAGAUAAAUAUAAAAAUAUAUCAAGUAGUAAUAAUAAUAUAAGAACAAAUCAAAAUAUGACACAUACUAAUAUGAAUCCUUACGAUCAUAUAUAUGGUUUUUCUGAUAAAAAUAAAAAAAAAGAACAAGAACUAUUAAUGAAGAGAAAAGAAGAUAUACAUAUACAUAAUAAUAAUAAUAAUAAUAAUAAUAACAUGAACAUGAACAAUAUGAAUAACAAAAUAACAUUUGUAAAUAUAUUUGAGGAUAAAAAAAAUACAGAAAUUAUUUUUGAAAAAAGAAAAGGAUUAGAUCAAGAAGAAAAAUGUUUUAAUUAUUUAGAAAGAAAAACAAAUCAUAUGAACAUGGAUUUUAAUAAUAAUAAUAUGAACUUUAAUAAUAACAUCAUAACAAACAAUAUGUAUAAUAUUAAUAAUAAUAAUAAUAAUAAUAAUAACAACUUAGAGUAUAAUAAUCUGAAUGGUCAUUUUUUAAAUAACCUAUCCAUUAAUAACAAUCAUAAUAGAACAAAUAACGAAACAAAUAUAAUAAACGCAGGUGUAAAAAAAUAUUUUCUUGUAAAUGAUAGAAAUAGCCUUAUGAUGAACGAAGCAAAAAAUAAAUAUUUAAACCAUCGCCCUCUUGAAGAUCAUAUGGAUAGAAAAAUAAAAAAAUAUGAACAAGAACAAUAUGAAAAGUUAUCCCCUUAUAAAGAAUUUAAGGAAGAACCAAAUAGAAACAUCAAUAUAUAUCAAAAUAGUAAUAGUAAUAAUAAUUUCAACCCAGGUGGACAUAAUAAUAAUAUGAACACAUCUAAAUAUUUAUAUAAACAAGGCAUUAAAGGAAUUAAAGAAGAUGAUAUAUUUGAAGAACAUCAUAAACAAGAAGUAUCAUAUAACUCGACAGAUCAUCAUUCGAAAAAUAAUUUAUUAACAAAUGUGAUAUAUCAAAAUGACAACAAUAAUAAUGUUAAUCAUAUGAAUAGUUUGAAUCAUAUGAAUAGUGUGAAUCAUAUGAAUAGUUUGAAUCAUAUGAAUAGUUUGAAUCAUAUGAAUAGUUUGAAUCAUAUAAAUAGUGUGAAUCAUAUGAAUAGUUUGAAUAAUAUAAAUUGUGUGAAUAAUAUAAAUUGUGUGAAUAAUAUAAAUUGUGUGAAUAAUAUAAAUUGUGUGAAUAAUAUAAAUUGUGUGAAUCAUAUUAAUAGUACGAAUCAUAUCAGCGCUUAUUAUAAAAACUAUUUACAAAAUGAUAUCUUUGGAGACCCAAACAACAACGGAUCAAGGAACAACGCUCAUGUUAGAAAAGAACAUAUAGAAGAUAAAGAUAAUAAUCAUAAAUACAUAAAGAAAUGCUUGAAAAUUCCAAGUGAUGAAAAAAAUAUGGAGGACUAUAAAAAUAACAAGGAUGCUAAUAAAGAGGCAUUAUUUAAAAUGAACGAAAAAAAAAAUAUAUGUAUUGAAUGUAAUGACAACUUAAUUAAAGGAAACAAUAGCAACAAUAGUUCUAUAUUUACAAGAGAUCAUGUUGUUCAUGCAAAUGGAAAUUCACACAUAGCUGUAAAUAUGGUGAAUGAGAAAAAAAAUAAAGAUAAUAUUAUAAUAUUAAAUAAAAAACUUAAAAAUAGUAAUAGCAUUAUAGAUAUAAUGGAUAAUGAUAAUAAAAAUAAUGAAUGUAAAAAAAAUAUAUAUGUAGAUGUACAUAAUAUAAAUAUAUCUGAUAGUGAAAAGAAAAAACGAGAUUCUACUGAGGUUCCAAGUAAUAACAUAGAUGAUCUAAAUAACAAUAAUAGUUCUUCUUAUUAUAAAGAAAAUUGUUUUAAUAAUGAAAAUGUUAUAUAUGAUGAAGAAAAGAAUAUUUUUAGAACCAAAGAAAAUACAAAUAUUAAAAUAUAUAGAAGAAGCUUAGAAAAAGAAAGGAUGUUAAAUUUUCCUUUAAUUCAUUUAGGAGAGAAUGAUGUAAUAGUUAAAAGAAUUAAAUUGUAUUAUCCUUUAAGAAAUAAGAAUGUCUUUACUAACAUUUCAAAAAUUAUUUUUAUGACAAAUACGAAUAUAUGUUCUUUAUAUAUAAGCGAUUCUUUAUUGAUCCAUUAUGAUAAUAUCAAAAUAAGCUCAUACUUGUCUAAAGGUGGUUUUGGUGUGGUGUAUAAGGGCAGCUUGAUCAGGAAGGUGAAGAGAAAUGAUAUGCUGUCUAAUGAGGAUAUGGGCACUGAGGAGAGGGGUGAUUCACAGGUUAACAGGAAGGAUAAAAUGAAGGAAGCAGAUUAUGAUGAUGAGGAGGAAGACGACGAUGAUGAUGAGGAAGACGACGACGAUGAUGAAGAAGAUGACGACGAUGAAGAGGAAGACGACGAUGACGAUGACGACGACGAUGAUGACGACGAUGAAGACGACGAUGAUGACGACGAUGAUGAUAACCAUAAGGAUGACCCCUUUAAUAUGCCCAUUGAGAGUCCAAAUCAAAAGUGUGCAAAAAAUAAAAUAAAAAAUGAGUAUGACGAAGAUUAUAUAAAAAAACUGUGUGAAGGGAGAUACAUAAGAGAUGGUGGUGAUGACAAUGAAUUUUUCAGCAUUAACAAUAAUAAGAAUGAAAUGAACAAUAAUAACGUGAAUGAUAAUAUAAAUAAUAAUAACAAUAAUAUAUUUUAUAGACAACAGAAUAGUGUUUAUUAUGACGAGGUUGAUAAGAACGGAGAGAAGAAUGGUAAAGAAAAUGAAAUGAAAGAUGAAAAUAAUUGUAGUAUAAAGAAGAAAAAAAAAUGUCAUAAUAAUGAUACUUCAAAAUGUAUAAAGAGUAAUAAAAAAUUAUGUUAUUUAAGAAAUCAAUUGAUAGAAAAGUUUUUUGAUUCAUUGAAUUAUAAAAUAGAUCAGAAUGAAGAUUGUGUUGAUAAAAUAGAUGAUAAAGAAAAAUAUAAUUUUAAUUUAUUUACAAAUGGUGAUAAUUGUAUGUAUGAUCAUAUGUUGAGAAGUGGGAAGAAAGAUAUGGCUAUACCAAAUGAAAACAAAGGUGUAACUAAUGCAACAAAUAAUGUAUUAUCAAAUAAUAUGCCAUAUAAUAAUAAUAAUAAUAUGGUAAAUAUAAAUAAUGUCAAUAAUAAUCACAACCCUACGAAUGGCAGUAAUAACUUCGGAACUGAGAAUAACCUACUAAGUAGUCUCAUACAUCUAAAUAGAGCAAGCGAGAUAAACAAAAAAGGUUUGGGCAUCCAAACAAAUGAUCCUAAUAUUUUAGAUAAAGAACAUUAUUAUUUUAAAGAUGAAAAGAAAAACAAUAAUAUUGGAGAAACAUCCAAUUAUGUUCAUACAUCGAAUAAUCAACAAUAUAUUGUAAAUCAAGCGAAUGAUAUUAUAGUUGAAGAAUAUUGUAAUGAGAAUAAAGAGAAAAUUAAUAAUUGUUGUUGUGGUUCUUUAAAAGAUGAUUGCUGUAAUAAAAAUAAUCAAUGUGGUUCAUCACAGUUUAAUGAAAUAAGACGAUUAAAAAAGAAAAUGAUAAAAUAUAUUUAUUCAGAUAAAAUGAGUGAUAAAAUUAUUAUUGAUAAGAAUGAAUUUUUAAAUGAAUUAGAUAAAAUAAUAUCUAAAAUGAAAACAAUAAAUAAAGAUUUAGAAAAAAAACAUCAUGAAGAAAUUAUGUCUUAUUUAUUGUUAGAUGUAUAUCAUAAUAAUAUUGUAUAUAAAAAUAAUUAUGGAUUCUUAUAUGUAAAUAGUAAAAAUAUUAUAACAUAUGGUAUAACCAAAGAGAGCUUAUAUAUAUUUGACAAUAAAAAUAUAUUCCAUUAUUAUAGUGAUAAAUGUAUAUUUAAAAUAAUAUUUAUAGAUGAACAUAAAGAAUUAUUAAAGUUUAAAAAUUUUACAGUUUUUAAUGUAUUAAAUAAUGAAAAAAUAGUAAAUAAUUCUUCUAUUUUAAAGAAUGAAAUUGAUAAACAUAAAAAUGGAUUAAAUAAGCUAGCUAUUAUACCAUUUAGUAAAAUGAGUAUAAAUAAUUUAUUGCAUGCACUAAUAUUUGGAUUCUUAAAAUUUCUUUUUAAUUUAAGAAAAAAAUAUCACAAACAACCUAAUGGAAAUUGUGCAUGUAAUAUGGAAGAUCAUAAUAUAAUAAAUAAUAUAGUAAUUGAAAAUAAUAUUAUAUAUAAUAAGAAUGAUCCUAGUUGUAUACUAUCAUCUAAUAUGAAGGCUUCGAAUGAGUCCCUUAACAACAUAUUGGUAUCUCCCUGUAGUAUAGAAAAAGUUGAUCAUAUAAAUAACAACAUGUAUCAUAAUAAAUGUAAUCAUCAUAUGAAUUAUAACAUCAUUAUAAAUGAUACGAACAUUCAAAAUGUUGUAGGUAAUAAUUUGGAUCAUUACAUAAUGUGUAAUUGUCAAGUGGUUGCUACGGAUGAUAAGAAGAAAGGAGGUCCAACAAAUAUAAAUAAUGUGAAUGAAAAGGAAAAUAUGAAUAAAUACAACAAUAAUAAUAAUAUGAAUAAUAUGAAUAAUAUGAAUAAUAUGAAUAAUUUGAAUAAUUUGAUUAAUAUAAAUUGUUCAGGUGAAGCACAUAAUAAAAGUGGUAAUCAAGAUGACAAUAAUAAUAAUAAUAUGAAUCGUCCUAAUAUAAACCAUGAUAAUUUUCUCAAUAGCCAUAUGCAUGCAGCAGAUGAUCAUCAUCCGAUGAUACCAAAAAAUGUAGUAGACAAAAUAGAUAACAAAGGCAAAAUUAAUUCAAGUAAUUGUCUUAUUAGUAGUACCCUUAUAAACACAAAUAAUUCAGACGAAUCAAAGACGACCAUGCUCUUAAACCUUUCAAAGAAUAAUAAAAACAUUUCAAAGGAAUAUAUAAUUAAUGAAAAAGAAUAUACAUAUUCUCCAAAAAUUAAUGACAAGGAGGAACAACAACCACAUAUGGUGUCUCCAGAGUGUAGUGAAAAGGGGGAACUCAAAGGAAAAAUGAAAAAAAAGGAAAAUAAUAAUAAAAAUGAAAAGAAAAAAAAGAAAAAGAAAAAAGAAAAUGAAAAUGAAAAGAAUAAAAGUAAAAAUAAAAGUAAAAGUAAAAAUAAAAGUAAAAGUAACAAAAUGGAAGAACAUGUAAAAAAAAAUACCAAAAAAAAUAAAGAUCAUAUUAAUCAUGAGAAAGAUAAGGAGCAUGAUGUUGAUGUUGAUGGUGAUGGUGAUAAUUAUGGUGAUAGUAAAAAAUGUAUAAAGAAUAAUUUGAAAAAAAAAGAAAAUAGGAAUCAUAAUAAAUUGGAUGAUAAUCAUAGUACUACUCAUCAUGAUAGUGAAGAAAUAAUAUAUAUGAAAACGCCGGUUGCUAUAAAAAUCCAUGAUUUAAAAGAUAGUAAAAAUUUAAAAAAUUUCUUAAGAGAAAUAGAAAUAUAUAAAAAUUUACAGCGUCCAAAUAUAUGUACAUUUUAUGGUAUAUGUAUAAAAUCAAAUAAGUUAAUGUUAUUAUUAGAAUAUUAUGCAAAAGGAAAUCUAUUUAAUUUUCUAAAAAAUAAAAUACAUAAAAAACAAAGAUUAGAAUGGGCAAUACAAAUAUCAUGUAUAGUACAUGAGUUACAUGCACAUAAUCCACCAAUAAUAAAUGGAGAUAUAAAAACAUCAAAUAUAUUAAUAGAUGAUAAUAUGAAUUUAGUAAUGUGUGAUUUUGGAAAAGCUAGAUUUAAAAAUACAAAACUAUAUAGUAAUUUUGGAUCCUAUAGAUAUAUGGCACCUGAAACAUUUAGUUGUACAACUGAAGUUACAGAAAAAAUUGAUAUAUGGAGUGCAGCAUGUUGUAUUGUUGAAAUAUUUUCAAGUAAAUAUCCUUAUUAUAAUUUAACAAAAAAUGUUAAAAUCAGACAUGAAUUAUUAGUUAAUAAAAGAACUCCUCAUAUACCUAACUUCCUACCAAACUCUAUAAAAAAAUGCUUGCAAAAGUGUUUUAGUUUUCAGCCAGAGGAUAGACCAACAGCAUAUGAAAUGUAUAAGUCCCUCAAAAAAAUUAAGGUCGUAGAGUGA